AUGGGUGUUCCGGCGCUGUUUAGWUGGCUCAGCAAGAAAUACCCAAAGAUCAUUUCACCCGUCGUCGAGGAGCAGGCCCGCGAGGUCGAGAACGACGAUGGCACGACCACCACCAUUCCGAUCGAUGCGCGCGGGCCCAAUCCAAAUGGCGAGGAGAUGGACAAUUUAUACCUAGACAUGAAUGGUAUCGUCCAUCCAUGUUCGCAUCCCGAAGACCGUCCUGCGCCUGAGACGGAGGAGGAGAUGAUGAUAGCAGUGUUCGAGUACACGGAACGCGUCGUAAACAUGGUGCGCCCGCGCAAACUCUUGAUGAUCGCUGUGGAUGGUGUGGCUCCCCGUGCCAAAAUGAACCAGCAGCGCAGUCGGCGUUUCCGCAGCGCACAGGAAGCGGCGGAGAAGGACGCCGAGGCGGCGGAGUUCCACCGUCGCAUGGUUGCCAAUGGCGAGCGUGUCGAUGAAGGCCACGCGCUGAAAAAGACGUGGGACUCCAAUUCCAUCACGCCCGGCACUCCCUUCAUGGACUUGCUCGCGGCCAGCUUGCGAUACUGGGUCAGCUACAAAUUGUCUACGGACCCUGCUUGGGAGAAGCUGAAGGUUGUAAUCUCUGAUGCCACUGUACCCGGCGAAGGUGAGCAUAAGAUCAUGAACUUUGUGCGAUCUCAGCGCAGUUCGCCUGAUCACGAUCCAAACUCCAGACACGUCAUGUACGGUCUGGAUGCCGAUCUGAUCAUGUUGGGCAUUGCAACUCACGAGCCCCACUUCCGUAUCCUUCGCGAAGACRUCUUCGCAAACGACACCAAGCCCGGUCAUUGCCGAAAGUGCAAUCAGCCUGGUCAUAUGGCUGCAAAUUGCCAAGGCCUGGUGAAGCCGGACGAGAACGUGGUCAAACCACCGAAGCCAUUCAUCUGGCUCYACGUCGGUAUUCUACGCGAGUAUCUUGCAGUUGAAAUGAGUGUACCCGACCAAGGCUUCCGUUUCGACUUGGAGCGCGCACUGGACGACUGGGUUUUUAUGUGUUUCUUCGUUGGAAAUGAUUUCUUGCCACACCUGCCAUCGCUUGACAUUCGCGAGGAUGGUAUCGACACGCUAAUUGCUAUAUGGCGCGACAACAUUCCCGUCAUGGGUGGGUACGUGACCAAGGACGGUCACGUAGAUCUUGCGCGAGCGCAGUUGAUCCUCGCCGGGCUCGCAAAGCAGGAAGAUGCCAUCUUCAAGCGGAGAAGAGAGACAGAAGUGAGAACUGCGGCUCGAAAUAAGGYGCGCGAUGAGCGUGAGAACAGGGGGAACAAAAGGGCGCGUUGGUCGAAUGGUGGUGCUCCAACAGGCUUCGACGAGACUAUUGUGAGAAGAGGUCCGAAAGGAGGCAUCAUCAGAGGCGAAGCCGCCCCCGACCCGAAUGCACUGCCAACAUUCGCUCCUGGUGCUGCACAGACCAAGAGUGACCCUCGCUACACCGCUGGUCUGACCCACGCAGAUGUUGUUGGUGGAAAGGCCGCACUCGACAAGGCGAACCAGGACAACCGGUCUGCUGCCGCUGUGUUGCGAGAGAAACUUCUGGGCAGCAAGAAGCCUGCCGACAACCAGAAGGCUGGGGUUGAGGCUCUCUUUGCUAGUGGCGGUGCUGAUGGCGGCAGCCAACCCUCUCCCGUGCUCGGCAAGCGCGCUCGCGAUAUGGUCGACGACGCCGCGGCGGACGAAGCUAGCUCGAAUCCAUCUACACCUGGCCGCAAUACCCCGGACAAGGAGAUCGCGGACCCCCUCAACCGGGGAACCUCCGGUGCUUUGGGUGGCAAUUCCAAGAACACUAGCGAAGAAAUGCCCGAGGAUACUGUCAAACUGUGGGAGGAUGGCUAUCAGGGCCGUUACUAUGAACAGAAGUUUCACGUCUCACCACAUGACAUUGAGUUCCGCCAUUCAGUUGCACGAUGCUACGUUGAGGGCCUCGCGUGGGUCUUGUUAUAUUAUUUCCAGGGCUGUCCUUCGUGGACAUGGUACUAUCCUCAUCACUACGCACCCUUCGCUGCCGAUUUCGUGGAUAUGGAGAAGCAAGUCGUCAACUUCGAGAAGGGAAAGCCUUUCCACCCCUACGAGCAGCUGAUGGGUGUCAUGCCUGCAGCAUCAAACCACACCUUGCCCGCCGUCUUCCACCCGUUAAUGACGGAAGACGACAGUCCCAUCAAGGAAUUCUACCCGGAAGACUUCGAAGUGGAUCUCAACGGCAAGAAGUUCGCGUGGCAAGGCGUAGCUCUGCUUCCUUUUAUUGAUGAGAAGAAGCUGCUGGAUGCCAUGGCGACCAAAUAUCCACUUCUGUCAAAGGAUGAACAGCGACGGAAUGCUUUCGGCGAAGAAGCAUUGAUUUUCAGUACGAAACAUCCACUCUACCACGACGUCGUGUCAAACUUUUACGGCAAGAAAGCCACAGAGGGAAAGUUCAAGAUCAAUGCCAAGGUAUCCGAGGGUCUCUCAGGCAAGGCCUCAAAGGACGAAUCUUAUGUCCCUAAUUCGGAGCUUAAGUUCCCUUUCCCGACCAGUGACGAACAAGAUCAUCAGUUUGGUGAUUUGGAAAUGGAUGAGAGUGUGAAAAUCUCCUAUCACAUGCCUGUUCUGAAGAGCGUUCACAAAUCAAUGCUGCUCCCUGGCGUUAAGUUUUCAGAGCCUGUGCUAGACUAYAACGACGUUGAGACGACGCGGAACCGUGCAAACAAGUCUGGGCGUAGUUUCGGUGGGGUGCAGCUAUCACAGCAUGGUGACAGGUCAGAUGGUCGUCGCAUCAACUAUGCCGCAGGGGAUAGGGGAGGACACAACAACAACAACAACCGAGGUGGUUAUGGCGGAAAUGGAUAUGGAGGAAAUGGUGGCUACGGCGGUCGCGGAAAUGAUCAAUACGCAAGCCGCGCUGCUGAGGCACUCUCUAACCUGCCACCACACCUCGCUGCACAGGCAGCGCAGCACGGCGUUUACCCACCACAGCAAGGCGGAGGCAGACCUCCCCCGGGCUACCCUCCCUUGCCUCCACAGGGCUACCCUCCGGCAAACUAUGGACAAGGCCGAGGUCCACCACCUCCUCCGCAGAACGGAUACGGCGGCCAUCAGAAUGGCUACGGGGGACGCGGUGGAUACGGGGGAGGACAGGGCACUUAUGACCAACGCGGUGGCUACAACCAGGGCUAUGGCGGUGGCGGUGGCGGAGGCUAUGGACAAGAUUCGAAUGGCUACAGCUAUCAGGGCGGCCGGGGAGGUGGCCGUGGUGGUCGACGCUACUAG